AUGUUUAAUCUAUCUUUAUUAUCUAAUAUCUAUCUAUCUAUCUAUCUAUCUAUCUAUCUAUCUAUCGCAGUCAGUAUAUAUCUGUUUAUAAAUCUAUCUCAGUCUAAUAUCUAUCUAUCUAUCUAUCUAUCAUUCAGUCAAUUUAUCUAUCUUUAUUUCUCUAUCAUCUGUUUAUUAAUCUAUCUAUCUAUCUAUCUAUCUAUCUAUCUAUCUAUCUAUCUAUCUAUCUAUCUCAUCUAUAUAUCUGUUUAUAAAUCUAUCUCAGUCUAUCUAUAUCUAUCUAUCUAUCUAUCACAUCAAUCUAUAUAUUUAUCUAUCUAUCACAGUUUAUUAUAUAUCUAUUUAUCUAAUCUAUCUAUCUCUAUCUAUCUAUCUAUCUAUCUAUCUAUCUAUCAUCUCAUCACAGUAUUUAUAUGUUUAUAUAUCUAUCACAGUUUAAUAAUAUCUAUCUAUCUAUCUAUCUAUAUCUAUCUAUCUAUCUAUCUAUCUAUCUAUCUAUAUCUAUCUAUCGCAUCUAAUUAUCUAUCUAUCUAUCUAUCUAUCUAUCUAUUCAUCUAUCUAUCUAUCUAUCUAUAUAUCUAUUUAUAUCUAUCUCAGUCUAAUAUCUAUCUAUCUAUCUUUUAUCUUCUAUCUAUCUAUCUAUUAAAAUCUAUCUAUCUAUCUAUCUAUCUAUCUAUCUAUCUAUCUAUCUUUUUUCUGGUUGAUAUAUGA